GAGAAUUUCAAGAAAACGUCACAACUGAGUCAGAGCGAGAAACGAGUUAAGAGAGAGAGAGAGAGAGAGAGAGAGAGGGACAGAGAACGAGGCAGGAUAUAUUGAUACUAAACGACGGUAGUUUCUCUUCAGUGUGUGUGAGAGAGACCAUGAGUGAGGACAAGAUGGAGUGCAUGAACAGAUGAAGACUAUCAUUGGGUGGUUCUUUCCAGUGGUCCUGAUGAGCGUUUCCAAACCACCUCCGCCCCAUUCCCAUUUCCCUCCCAGUAACCCUUCCUCCCAUCUCCCCCUGCCUCCAUCCUCCUCUCCCUCCCCCUCUCCCUCCACCCCUCCCUUCGCUGCAGGUCCCCCCAGCCCCGCUGUGCUUCCUCCUCCCUCCCCAGUCAAGAUCUCCAUGCAGGAGCACUUUGCCAUCAAUGUGUGCCCUGGCCCCAUCCUCCCCAUCCCACAGAUCUCCGACUUUUUCCCUCGUUUCCACGACUACCCCAUCACCCCCCCUCCACCCCGGGAGAAAAAGGUCCUAAAGGACAGAGACAAGGACGGAGACGGGAAUGGAGAGAAAGAACAUAAGAGGGAGAGAGAGCAUGAAGAGAACGGAGAGUUUGUCGACUCGGAUGACGAUGACAGUGAGUUUGUCUCGCGGCUAGUGACUAUUGUUUCGUGUUUGGUUCCCUUUGGGUAGCUUACACAUGUGUUUAUGCUCUGCUCUUCCUUUUAAGUAAUCGUUCUGCUGAUGUGUGUAACACCAAUGAGCGGAUGGUAUUCAACCAUCUGUUCCAUGUUAAUGAACCCUGACCCCUUUUGACACAUUCUACACUCAAAGACCAGAACGUGAGUUAAAGAAAAAACAAGGACUUUCGU